GGAACUCUCUGACAAUAUGUUCUGGUUCUUCAGCUUUGGAAAAUGUACCUGUUUAAGCUACUUGCAGUCAAAUUCCAUUUCAUCCUGAAGCUGUCUUGCCUCUUGGUGCCAAUGUGGCACGUGCACUGUUGGGGCGCAAUCGCCUUGACACUAAGCCUGAUUUGGAGUUGGCUCGGAACUCCCAUUGCCCAUGCAUCGCCGCCGCCGUCGUCGCAUGCAUCCUUGUUCCCGAACGCUGUCUACCUAUCACGUCACUUCGAUUCCAGCAUCGAAGCCAACACCACGCAACACUUUGCAAGUCCACAUACGCAUCUUGCCAUCACCAAGAGGAUCUGCCAUUUCUUCUCUUCUCGCUCUGCCCUGCUUUUGUCUUUUUUUGCUUGCUGAAGCCCUCGCCGACCGGUGUUCCGAUCUCUCUCCCGCUGCAAUAUCCCAGAAUGGCCGACUCAGGUGCUCCCAAACCAAGCAGCAGCGUCAAGCUGGUGCUGCUCGGUGAAGCUGCUGUGGGAAAAUCAUCUCUCGUUCUGCGGUUCGUCAAUAACGAUUUCCAAGAGAACAAGGAGCCAACAAUAGGAGCUGCCUUCCUGACUCAAAAAUGCAAUCUACCCACACGCACCAUCAAGUUCGAGAUCUGGGAUACCGCCGGCCAGGAAAGAUUCGCCUCUCUCGCCCCCAUGUACUACCGCAACGCCCAGGCAGCGCUUGUGGUCUACGACCUGACGAAGCCCACCUCGUUGAUAAAGGCGAAACACUGGGUUGCCGAGCUGCAACGGCAGGCCUCGCCCGGUAUUGUCAUUGCUCUUGUCGGCAACAAGCUCGAUCUCACAAACGAUAGUGCUGGUGGAGACGGGGAAGGGGCUGGUGCUGGUGAUGGAGAGGAUGCCAGAAAGGUGACGACAGAGGAGGCCAAGUCGUAUGCUGAGGAGGAGGGGCUUCUUUUCUUCGAGACCAGUGCCAAGACGGGCUACAACGUCACUGAGGUGUUCACGGCUAUUGCAAAUGCCAUCCCUGAGACAUCGCUCAAGACAGCUCGGGGUCCUGGUGCCUCUUCUGCGGCUGCUCGUACGGAGGAGCAGAGGGUCAACCUCAAUGGUCCUCGGGAUCCAAAUGCCAAGGAGGGAUGUGCUUGUUGAUGAUGGGCUGGGAUGUGGAGUGGAGGGCUUUCUUUUGGUGGAUGGGAGAGGGCUGCGACGGGAUUUGCAUUUUAUGGGUACAGGAGUGUCUGGUUUCUCAUUUGGGCAGGAGUAAAUAGUGGUUUAGGUGUUUUCUGUCGUUUUUAAUGCCAUUGC